AUGAGCGGGUCCGGAUCUCCGUCGAGUUCCGCUUCUUCUCCUUCUGAUUUCCCGUCAUUAAUUUCUGUAGUCGAUCGUAAACAUGCAGUUUAUGGGAUUUUUCUUCUACAUGGUGUUGGAAUGCUUAUGUCAUGGAAUAUGUUUAUCACCAUAGCACCUCAGUAUUAUGUAGACUAUUGGUUCACUGUUGAUGGAAAUGCCACGGACUAUGCAGAAAGUUUCAUGAGUGUCAUCGGUGUCACCUCACAGAUCCCAAACGUCGGCGUUAUGUUUAUAAAUAUGGCGAUUACAGUCGCAGGAUCUAUGAUGAUGCGCAUUGCUGUUCCAUUGGUUAUCAACUGUUGCUUAGUGAUGGUCAUCAUUUUACUUGUCAUUUUUGUUCAACCCAGCGAUAACGAUCGAAACUGGUUCUACAUUGUUACGCUUAUUAUAAUUAUGCUAAUGAACCUCUGCAAUGGUGUUUAUCAGAACUCGAUCUACGGAGUCGUUGCCGAUUUCCCCGACAACUAUCCAAAUUCACUUAUUAUUGGCAAUAAUUUGUGUGGUAUUUUCACCAGUGUGAUGAGUAUAUUCACAACUAUUGUAUCGCCCAAUGAUAUCAUGCUAAACGCUUUACUAUAUUUCUCCAUAUCACUUGGAGUUCUUGUUAUUUGUGGAUUAUCACUCAUUGUUCUCGUCAAACUGCCGUACUAUAACUACAUCAUGGGAAUUGGUGAACGUGCUCGGCAAGACGACGAUGCUGAACGUCCCAACCUACGGCAAUACCUGGAAUGCUUCAGCUACUGUUGGGUACAACUAUUCAACAAUUUCUUCGUCUAUUUUGUUACACUGAUCAUCUUUCCUGCAAUGAUGUCAGAAACUCCUUUCUACAGACAGCCAGGCGAGCCAUGGGGUUCUGUAUUCCCAGAAAAUCUCUACUUCGCCAUAAACACGUUCCUCAAUUUCAACGUAUUCGCAUCUCUUGGCUCCCUGUCUGCCAAUUAUGUACAAUUUCCAAAACCACCUUUUCUCUGGAUUCCAGUUGUGUUAAGAUUGUUAUUUAUUCCGUUUUUUAUGUUCUGUAAUUAUCAGCCGGCUGGUAAGAACAGAACACUGCCGGUGUUUUUCAAAAACGAAUGGUGGUUCACUAUUGCUGGAUCCGUGAUGGCAUACACUUGUGGAUACUUCAGUAGUUUAGCACUUAUCUACACGCCAAGCGUCGUACCAACCUGUUAUCAGAAAAUCAGUGGAAUGGCAGCCGCUAUAGCGCUAAUGUUAGGUAUUUUAUGUGGUGUUUCUUUAACGCCAGUUAUCGGCAUCAUCACAGCUGCUCUGUAA